AUGAUGUUUUCAUUAGUAUUUAUUGCUGCUUUCUUUGUCAGUGUUAGCAGAAGUUCAAACUGCCCAAAUCGACAAAUGAUCGAAGAAUCUCUUCUCAAAGUUCAUAUUCCCGGCGCAGUCAUUGUUGUUGUCAAUACUACCGAUAUACUUUACGAAGACACUUUUGGUUAUCAUUCUCUAUCACCACCAAAACUUAUGGAUGUACAUGAAUCAAUUUUUUCACUUGCUUCAAUUUCGAAAACAUUUAUUGCUGUUGCUGUCAUGCAAUUAGUCGAAAAAAAGCUCGUUGAUCUUGACACAGAUAUUAACCAAUAUUUGUCAGAACGUAAUCGAAAAAUUUUUCAUCCAGAUUAUCCAAAUCACUCGAUCACUUUACGUAAAUUACUUUCACAUUCUUCAUCGAUUGCUGUUGAUGAAAAAUUGCAGAACACUGUCUACCAACCAGGUGAUAGUGUAUUUGCUAAAGAAACUUUAGCUGAUAUGUGUUUCAAAGUUUUGAGCCCGAACACAUCAAAUUGGUUACCAAGACCACCAGGAAAUGUGACGCUUUAUUCCAAUGAAGGUACAUCGUUGGCUGCACUAGUUGUUGAACGAGUCACCAAUAUGUCCUAUGAUCAAUAUGUUAGAGAAAAGAUUUUCAAACCAUUAAGUAUUGAUAUUCGCAAAACUGGUAUCCGCUUAGCUGAUUUUUCAAACACAGAAAAACUCGUUAAACAUUAUGCAUAUGCUUGUAAUGAAUCUUCGUUCCAACAAUAUAACCAAGAAGUACCACAAUUGAAUAUUAUACAAAUGGAGGGUAAUCUUUCAACAUGGUUAUGUUUUCCCUUUUUUGGUUUUAGUAGUUAUCCAGCCGGUCUUCUGCGAAUGUCAGCUCAUUCUUUAUCUAUUUUUCUUCGAAUGUUUAUCAACAAUGGAUCUUCACUCCUUUCUUCUCAAUCAAUUACUGAAAUGAAAACCGUAGUUGGUGGCGGUCUUAUUCGUCCUUAUAGUACGAAUUUGAGUAGUAACUCUACAAAUCAACUUCCAUCACGAAGAUAUGGACUCUGUUGGCAUUGGAGAACACUGAGCAAUGGUCAUCAAUAUGUAGGUCAUAGUGGAUGUGUACCAGGUAUGACACAUUUAAUGUUAGUUAAUGAAAAGCAAAAUAUUGGUGUUAUUGUACUUACGAAUGCCGAUACGACUCUACCGAUUAAUUUAACUCGACAGAUUUAUAAUACUAUCGAAAAUAUUCAUGUCGAACUUUUUCAAUGUUUUGAAACUAAUAAUGCUAAUUCAUUCGUAUUUCGUUCAAAAAAUAUUCUCUUUGUAAUUGUUUCUUACUUUAUUCUUGUAGUAUUUGAUCAAUAA